CAAUGUAUGUUGCAAAUUCCACCGGUGGUCUGAUGCUUCAGACCAUGCUGUAUUUGGCGAAUCAAACAAAUAGAGCAGCAAUUGAUACGCUGAUCGAUAUGCCGGCUGCAGCAAAAGCUGAUUUAAAUGAAGUACGUUGUUAUGGUGUCUAUGGCUGUUUCCCCCUUAAUGGACCCUGGACCUCGACAACACGUCAAAUUAAUGUACAUCCUCAAAAGCCGUCACAAAUUGAACCUCAUUAUACGCUGUAUACGACACGAGCAUUUAACGAUCCGAAAUUUGUCGAUUUAAAUGAUCCUGAAGCGCUGCGACAUAUGAACAUUAAUCCGGAGGGGAAAUUGUUUUUCAUAUCCCAUGGCUAUUUGGAGGGAGGCAAUGUUCAGUGGAUGAUUGAAAUGGGCAAGGCCAUACUGAACGCCGAGCCGGAGGGAGAAGCUGCUGUGGUACUCAUCGAUUGGGGUGGUGGUUCAAGUCCACCAUAUGUCCAAGCAGUGGCCAAUAUUCGAUUAGUGGGCGCAAUUACCGCUCACGUGAUACACAUGUUCUACGAAGAGUUGGGCAUGGAUAAUUUAAAUAAAGUCCACUUCAUUGGCCACUCGUUGGGUUCCCAUUUGGCCGGUUAUGCUGGAUCACAUUUACAACGCGAUUUCGGGUUGAAAUUGGGACGUAUUACUGGUAUGGACCCUGCAGCACCGCUGUUUGCUGAAACAGAUCCCAUUGUUCGCUUGGAUCGUUCUGAUGCGCAUUAUGUGGAUGUCAUACACACAGAUGCUAACAUCGUUGGUGGUUUGGGUCUGUAUCAGAGAGUGGGUCAUGUUGAUUUCUAUCCCAAUGGAGGUGUCGAAAUGCCGGGGUGUGAUGUUAAACUUCAGGAGUACAUGAAAAAUCGUCAAAAUUCUGUCUUCGAAAAUAUGCAAAUGUUUUUGAGCUGUAACCAUUUGAGAAGUUAUCAAUAUUUUACGGAGAGCGUUAGCAGUAAAUGUCCUUUUAUGGGUAUCACCUGUGAUUCGUAUGAGAGCUUUAAGGAGGGCAAAUGUUCGCGAUGCAAUGAAAAUGGAAAUAGGUGUAUGAGAAUGGGCUAUCACAGCUAUGAGGAUUAUCGUUCGCUGGUUAGGGCCAAGAAAAUCGAUAGCCGGAAAAAUCCUCCCGUUUUGUACUUGAUGACCGGUGACAAGGCUCCCUUCUGUCGUCACCAUUACAAAGUCUCCGUACGCAUAUCGGGACACGAUCAAAGUACCACCCAUGGUGGAGAAAUUGGCACUCUCUCAGUACGCCUGCAUGGCAAAUCCUAUAAAAAGGUCACGGAAAAAAUGAAAUUCACCUCAGAGCCGAAAUUCUUUGAACCCGGCUUUGAAUAUACGAGUUUAGUGGUGGGCAAUGAAAUUAAAGAUCCCGUCUAUGCGAGCGUUUAUUGGGACUACCAGACAAGUCUUUUCAAUCCAUUGACAUGGCGUCUGCUUACCUCACCACGUAUCUUUAUAUCGUAUAUUAUUGUAGAAUCAUUGGAAUCGCCUCAUAUUCAUCUGAAAUUAUGUCCCAUCAAUGAGUCAUCUGCCGUUAUAACGGGAAGUGAAAAUAUAAUGCAACAAAAGUAUUGCGAGCAUUCCGCCAAGAUGAUUUAG